AUGUGCAGUUCAGUUGCUCCCAGACUGUGGUUCUUAACAGACCGUCGCAUCAGAGAAGAUUACCCUCAGCAGGAGAUCCUGAGGGCACUGAAGGCCAAGUGCUGUGAAGAGGAGCUGGAUUUCCGGGCCUUGGUCAUGGAUGAAGUGGUGCUGACCAUUGAGGAUGGAAAUCUUGGUCUCCGGGUGAAAGGGGAGCUCAUUACUGCUUACCCACAAGUGGUGGUUGUGCGUGUGCCAACACCUUGGGUCCAGAGUGACAGCGACAUCACAGUCCUUCGUCACCUAGAGAAGAUGGGCUGUCGAUUGAUGAAUCGUCCUCAAGCCAUCCUCAACUGUGUCAACAAGUUCUGGACAUUUCAAGAACUUGCUGGCCAUGGUGUGCCUCUUCCAGACACUUUUUCAUAUGGUGGUCAUGAGAAUUUUUCCAAAAUGAUUGAUGAGGCGGAAGUGCUGGAGUUCCCUAUGGUGGUGAAGAACACGCGGGGUCAUCGAGGUAAAGCUGUGUUCCUGGCACGAGACAAGCACCAUUUGGCAGACCUAAGCCAUUUGAUCCGUCACGAUGCCCCUUACUUAUUUCAAAAAUAUGUUAAGGAGUCCCACGGCAAGGAUGUGCGCGUCAUCGUAGUGGGAGGCCGUGUGGUGGGCACCAUGCUCCGCUGCUCGACAGAUGGGAGGAUGCAGAGUAACUGCUCACUUGGUGGUGUAGGAAUGAUGUGCUCGCUGAGCGAACAAGGCAAGCAGUUGGCAGUCCAAGUGUCAAAUAUCCUGGGGAUGGAUGUGUGCGGCAUUGACCUGCUGAUGAAGGACGACGGCUCAUUCUACGUCUGCGAGGCCAAUGCAAAUGUAGGUUUCAUUGCCUUUGACAAGGCUUGCAAUUUAGACGUAGCUGGUAUCAUAGCGGACUAUGCCGCUUCCCUGCUGGCCCCCGGCCGCUUGACGCGGCGCAUGUCCUUGCUCUCCGUGGUGUCUACGGCCAGCGAGACUAGCGAGCCAGAGCUGGGCCCACCAGCUGGGGCCGCUGUCGACAACAUGAGUGCUAGCUCCAGCUCUGUCGACAGCGACCCUGAGACCACGGAGAGAGAGUUGCUCACCAAGCUCCCGGGGGCUCUCUUCAACAUGAACCAGCUAUUAGCCAAUGAGAUCAAGCUCCUUGUGGAGUGA